CACACUUGCAGCCACCUUGCUCCCUGGGGCUCCCAGCCCGGCCUCCGCCUCCUCAGUGCCAGCUCAGCUGCCCAUGGCCCCCGAGAUGGACCAGUUCUACAGAUCCACCAUGGCCAUCUACAAGAGCAUCAUGGAACAGUUCAACCCUGCCCUGGAGAACCUGGUGUACCUGGGUAAUAACUACCUGCGGGCCUUCCACGCUCUGUCUGAGGCAGCCGAGGUGUACUUCAGCGCCAUCCAGAAAAUUGGGGAGCAGGCCCUGCAAAGCUCUACCUCUCAGAUUCUGGGUGAGAUCCUAGUGCAAAUGUCCGACACACAACGGCACUUGAACUCAGACCUGGAGGUGGUGGUGCAGACAUUCCAUGGAGACCUGCUGCAGCACAUGGAGAAGAACACCAAGCUGGACAUGCAGUACAUCAAGGAUAGCCGCCAGCACUACGAGAUCGAGUACCGCCACCGAGCGGCCAACCUGGAGAAGUGCAUGUCUGAGCUGUGGCGCCUGGAACGCAAUCGGGACAAGAAUGCGCGGGAGAUGAAGGAGAGCGUGAACCGGCUGCACGCGCAGAUGCAGGCGUUCGUGUCGGAGAGCCAACGGUCAGCCGAGCUGGAGGAGAAGCGCAGGUACCGCUUCCUGGCGGAGAAGCACCUGCUGCUCUCCAACACCCUGCUGCAGUUCUUCAGCCGGGUGAGCUGGGGCGUGGAGGGGAUGGGGGGCGGCCCGCCUGUGCCCUGCAGGAGUGGCUGGUUCCCUGAGGCCUACGUGAAGCCCUUGGAGGAGACGCCUGCGAGCCCCCUGCGCCCCCCGAGCCCCAUGACCUCCCCAAACCCGAUGAACGAGCUUCCUGCCAGGUCCUACCCCCUCCGGGGAAGCCACAGCCUCAAUGACCUCCUGGGCCAGCCGGGCAACUCCACGGUGCCCCCCGAGUACUGGGAUGGCCAGUCCCGCUCCCGGACCCCAAGCCGCGUCCCCAGCCGUGCCCCCAGCCCUGUGCCCACGCCUCUGCCCGGCAGCCGCAGGGGCAGCAUGGGCAGCACGGGGGCGGUCAGCAACGUGAAGCCCCUCACUGCCUGGGAGCAGCACCCGCCAGAGCUCUUCCCUCGGGGCACAAACCCCUUUGCCACCGUGAAGCUGCGCCCCACCGUCACCAAUGACCGCUCAGCCCCCCUCAUCCGCUGAGCCGCCUCCUCCCUGAGCUCUGCCCAGGCCGCACGCGCCUUAGAUCCAAGAUGGCAGGGCGCUGGUGCCCAGCCGCCGAUGCCCAGCGCCCCCGGCCUCAGCCGCUACCGGGCAAGGACCUGGGCUCUUCAGCAUGCAGCAGGCGGACUUGGGGGACAGCAGUGUCUUCCUUCCAGGGGCUAGGCCUCUCCUGGUGUGGGGGGAGGUCCGGCCUCCUGCUCCCUGCCCCCUUCCUGCCCUGCCAGCCCCACCUCUGCCCUUGCGCUCCCCCUGGGACUUUUGUAAAGGAAAAAUAA